CUAUGCACACGCCGUAUACCCCGUGUGGAGCCAAGUGGCACGGAGUUACUGAAAUUGGAAAUGCUCCCCGACAUUCAGUAGCUCAUUAUCGUGAUCAGUUAUCACUGAUCCGUCCUGACCAGUUUAUGUGGACACCCUAUGCAGACUGUAUCCUCCCUGAGUACUGCAUUGAUUCAACUGCAUCCUACUUGUGCGAUACUUAUUUGGUGUGCUGGUCAUUUGUCGAGGCACACGAGGCUGGACGCGUUUCCCGACAAUUUAACCGCUACCAGCGUAUUCCUCAGUGCUGUGAUAGGAUGCUACAUAGCUCCGGCCAUUUGAGUAAAAGUCACCGUCGUGGGAGGAAGGGCGCUGAUUGGGCUAAGGUACAUAAGUUCUUCAUUGAUGAGUGGGACUUGCGCCACGACAGGUUCCAAGCAACUUUUGACCAUGCAACGACGACAAUGGAUGGUCGCAUUAAUCCGGGCUAUAUGGCGUGGUACAAUAGGAUCACCGUGUCGUACCUAGUUCAACCUGGGACACAGUCAACUGAAGGGAUGAACGAGGCAGCCCCUUCUAAUUUAUUGGCGGUUGAGACCCUUCAGGGGAUAUGGCAUUUGACCUCUGAACAUGACACAGACCCUCGGUUACGGCAGAUUCGAGAAAUGGCUGCUUCGGCACUUCGUGCGAUGAACCAUGCUGAUGCGAUGGAGUAUCCAUCUUCUCAACGGCGAAAUGUGGUCAUGCCGCCACGCCCACCAACUUCUCUUCGUCAUGGACUGCCGGGUGUCCGGAUGGGUGGGCACGGGAUUACGCGACAGCAUAGGUUGUCGUAGCAGCAGCAGCCGCAACCUGAGUAUGCGGUACCAAAGCCCUUGAGUCCGGAGUACGAUCCACCAGGAUGGUCUCAGCUGAGUGGUGCAAGCCACGAGCCCUCGCAAUGGGGAGCACGCGCGUCAUGUGAUUCAUUCUUUGGCAGUGUGUCUGAUUGGGAUGCAGCUCAACCAGGACGUGAUACGUACUUUCAGAAUUAUCAAUUUAUGGAUCUGGUGGGGGAAGAAGAGGGUCAGGAAGAAGAGGGUCCGAAAGAAGAGGGCGGGGAAGAAGAGGGCGGGGAAGAAGAGGGCGGGGAUGAACAUGACAAAGUAAUAUUCCGACCACCGACCGCGGGAUCCUCACGACCAUCAAGUACGAUUGCGAGGGCUAUGCAGAAUGUAUUCAGGGGAUUUUCAACAAGGAAGAACAAAGGGAAAGCUCCGACAAAGUUCACGCCUCCAUCUAGAUAGAUUUCGGUCAUAUAUUGGUAUUUGUGUCUAUUGAAACAGGUUGUGAUCGUAAGUUGAUUUUUGAACAUUUUUGAUAUGAUGAAACAUAAUUAGUGUGGAA